GUUGAUGUUUUGUUUUCUUUCAGCUUUUUUUCUUGUUGCAAGGACAGGAGCGACAGUUUCCAAGCUCCUUACAUGUCAGGCCUGCCUUAAUUUUUCAAGACAUGGAUUCCAGAACCCAGUUAGAGACGAGAAUUCUAAAGUAAAUCAAGUGGAAUUAAAAUCCUGGCUUUGUCACUGGCUAAUACUUAUAUGACUUGUCCACAGUUUUGUGUGUGAGUGAGAUGGAGGCUGAUCUGUCUGGCUUUAACAUUGAUGAACCCCGUUGGGACCAAUGCACUUUCCUGGGACGGGUAAAACACUUCUUCAAUAUCACAGACCCACGCACUGUCCUGGUACCAGAGCGGGAGUUGGACUGGGCCAAGGUGAUGGUGGAGAAGAGCAGAAUGGGGGUCGUGCCCCCAGGCACUCAAGUGGAGCAGCUGCUGUACGCCAAGAAGCUGUACGACUCAGCCUUCCACCCUGACACCGGGGAGAAGAUGAACGUCAUUGGCCGGAUGUCCUUCCAGGUCCCCGGAGGCAUGAUUAUCACGGGCUUCAUGCUUCAGUUCUACAGGACGAUGCCGGCGGUGAUCUUCUGGCAAUGGGUGAACCAGUCCUUCAAUGCCUUAGUCAACUAUACCAACAGGAAUGCAGCUUCCCCCACAUCCCUCAGGCAGAUGGCCCUUUCCUACAUCACAGCCACAACCACCGCGGUGGCCACUGCUGUGGGCAUGAACAUGUUGACCAAGAGAGCUCCACCCCUGGUGGGCCGCUGGGUGCCCUUUGCCGCUGUGGCUGCUGCUAACUGUGUCAACAUCCCAAUGAUGCGACAGCAGGAACUCAUCCAGGGGAUCUGCGUGAAGGACAGGAAUCAGAAUGAGAUCGGUCAUUCCCGGAGAGCUGCGGCCAUAGGCAUCACCCAAGUGGUUGUUUCUCGGAUCACCAUGGCAGCCCCUGGCAUGAUCUUGCUGCCAGUCAUCAUGGAAAGGCUGGAAAAGCUGCAUUUCAUGAAGAAAGUCAAGUUCCUGCACGCCCCAUUGCAAGUUUUGCUGUCUGGCUGCUUCCUCAUCUUCAUGGUGCCAGUGGCUUGUGGGCUCUUCCCACAGAAAUGUGAAUUGUCAGUUUCUUAUCUGGAACCAGAACUCCAAGACACCAUCAAGGCCAAGUAUGGAGAACUUGUGCCCUAUGUCUACUUCAAUAAGGGGCUCUAAAUGCCCCAUCCCAGCAAGGAUCAGUCUGUACUGAUAUUCACCAGUCCUUCCUUAACUGCCUUGUACACCUGUGCCCUCAUUGCUCUGCCAACAAGGCCUAAAGGUCAGGGUGGAUUUGGGGGUGGGGUGGGGAGCCUCCUGUUUUCACCCAGGCACCUGGGUUAUUGGACUCCAGGGGAUAAAAGUGAACAAGGGGAGCAAAGACCAAGUCUUCUCUCUGCUACUCCCUACCCCCAACUACCAUCCUCUGAAGACCAGGAGCUGAGAUUCCCUGAGGGAGAAGUUGCUGGAACCUGGUGGAGAUACUCAAGCAAACCAUUUGGAAAAAUUUGGGGGUUGGGGAGAAACCAUUAGGAAACCUUUGGGAUUCUAGUUCCAGCCAGGACUGGGGAAGAGCCCCUGGGACAAAGGGAAGCUCCCACCCCUGUUUCUUCUUCCCUUCCUCCUCAUCUUGUCUCACGCUAUGGAAACUUUUGCCCCUGCAGUUCUAGCCAACUGAGAAAGGGGGAGGGAAGAAGUCUGUUGUCACCUUGGGACUCUUCUUCAUUCUUCCCCAUUCUCCUCCCCAGUGCCCUCUUGUCAGAAAGUGUCUUUGGGAAUGCUGCUAAACUUGGGUUGACCAAGCACCCAGGAGUUCU